AUGAGUAGUCACCCAUAUCGCCAAAAGGCAGCAAGUACAAAUGCUCCAUAUCCAGUUGAGGACUACGGAGAGCCAUCACCACCUCGUGAAGUCGGGAACAACCACAGUGGACACGAGUCGAGCGGAUCUCUAGGACAGGCCCCAGGAUCGGGAUACCAGACUCCAGUUCAAGAAAUGGACAUUCCAGCACCUUUGGGGGUGCUAGGUGGUGCAAGCAAUGAGGCGGACGGAGCAGCGGGCACCAAGGCCCCAUACCCGGUGUAUGAGUCGCUGACGCCACCACCGGUGUUUACACAGAAGGAACCACCGCUUAUGUCUCCUAACUCGAAUCCAUUGUCCACCACUUCGUCUGUGACGAACCUCAAUCUCAACCAAAAUGCAUUGGAUAGCCAGAUAUUCUCGAAAUCGGAGAACAAUUUGGUGGCAUCGGCGCCUGAUUUCGCCAAGUUUGGCCACAACAGGUCAGUGUCGUCGACGUCAUCGUUCUUCCACGACCGUUCUGACAAUGCCAGUAUGGUUGACUUCAGUCAAAACAUUAUACAGCAAUAUCUCGGUGAUAAUUCUAGCCAGUUAUUGCCACGAAUCAAGACCAUCGAAUUGUAUAGGAAAAACGCAAAACGGUCGAAUGACCCGAGCGUAUUGUUCCAGUAUGCACAGUAUAUGUUGCAAACAGCCCUUAUGUUAGAUUCGACUGAUGCAGGUUUAAGUUCCACUAAUACUCCCCAGGGACAAUCUAUUGAAAAUUCACCUAAAAAGGGUCCAUUGGAAAAGGAAAACAAUGGGUCGUCGUUGACAUUAGGUAGUGAUAUAUUCAAAAAAUCGCAUAACAAGUCAAGGUCGGCUGCAUCGCUCGAUUUCAGCGGUUCCGACAUCAAUUUGGACGAUAAGAAGUUGAAAAGAGCAUUGUUAAAAGAAGCACUUUUCUAUUUGAAGAAAUUGGCCGACAAAGGGUAUGUUGAUUCACAGUAUUUGUUGGCCGAUGCGUACAGUUCGGGAGCAUUAGGUAAGAUUGAAAACAGAGAAGCAUUUGUGUUGUUUCAAUCCGCGGCCAAGCACGGUCACGUAGAAUCUGCUUAUAGAACAUCAUACUGUUACGAAGAAGGAUUGGGAACUGGUCGUGAUGCGAGAAAGGCCGUUGAUUAUUUGAAGAUGGCGGCAUCUAAAAACCACCCGGCUGCUAUGUACAAAUUAGGGGUGUACUCGUUCUACGGAAGAAUGGGAUUAUCCUCGCAGGUGAAUACCAAGAAGAUUGGGAUCAAAUGGCUAACCAGAGCCUCUAACGUAGCCAACGAGCUUAUUGCAGCUGCACCUUAUGAGUUGGGAAAAAUUUAUUUCAACGGGUUCCAAGAUAUUGUCAUUGCUGAUAAAAAAUAUGCAUUAGAAUUAUACGCCCAGGCUGCAGCGCUUGGUCAUGUCCAAUCGGCCGCUAUUCUAGGUCAAUGCUACGAGUUUGGAGACAUUCUUCCUCAGGACUCCAACCUCUCGAUCCACUACUAUACCACAGCUGCGUUAGGCGGAGACCCCGAGUCGAUGUUGGCGAUGUGUGCGUGGUAUCUUGUUGGAUCAGAUCCAUACUUACCCAAAGAUGACACUGAGGCAUUCGAGUGGGCAAAAAGGGCUGCCAUGUGUGAAUUGCCUAAGGCCCAGUUUGCGUUGGCUAACUUUUAUGAAAAGGGAAUCGGGUGUAUCAAGAAUGUCCACGAAUCGCAGCACUGGUACCAAAAAGCAGCCGAGAACGGAGAUGAGAAGUCGUUGUCGAGGAUCACAAAUAAAGAAUUGGCGUCUUCUAUCGAGAAGAAGGCCAAGAAGAGAUUUCCCUCUUCAAGAGCCCCUGCGUCUGCCAAUGGGGCCCAGGAAAAAGAUUGUGUAAUCAUGUAG